AUCAAACACGAUCUCCCUUUCGGUUAAGCAGGAUGCACUUUUUCGAGACACCGCGCAACAUACAAGGACAAAGCCUUGUGAAUAACAUUAUCUAAUUUACGCUAUAAGUUGCCUUUCUGCAACAAUGUCGGCCGCGCUACUCCGAACGGACAAUGCCCUUCUUCCGCGUUGCGCGACACCAAGCUGCAGGAGGCGUGUGCCCUUCGUAAGCUGUUCAGCAUCCUACACAAGGAGCAGUUUCAUGCAGGCUCCGCGGAUAUGUCCAGCUCGCAGCACGGCCCGCUCCGUCCGCGGCGCCGUGCGAGUCUUGGCUUUCCACUCUGAGAUAUCAGGGGAGGCUUACGUUUGCUUGGGUUUGGCACAAUGCUUUGCAAAGAUUGAUGGAAGCCUGGCGCCAGUUCUCGUUAUUGAGCCGAUGUCUGCCUCGUCGCUGGAAUGCCUUGCAAACGGAGCCCGCACCUCCUAUAAAAUGGUCACAGGCGUCAGCUUUGGCGAAGCAUUCCAACGCCACAUCGAUGCGCUGCCCGAGGCUUUCAGGGAUGCCCACUUCUGUGAGAACUUCGAGUUCCGCUGUGAGGCAGCUGCGCGCACCUGGCAGCGGCCGCACGCGCAGGACAACCUCAUGGACAUCGUGCCCCUGGGCAAGGUCCGCAGCAACUUCAACUUCAGUCUGGAGGACAAGCGAGUGCUGAACAUGGAGAAUGUGGUGAACGAUGCAGACAAUGUGAAACAGGACAUGAGCAUCGACGUGUACGGACGCAAGAAGGCGUCGGACGCGGCAGCUAAGCAGGCCGCCGUCACUGCCGCCAAGGCCGCUGAGGAGGCGGAGGCCGCUAAGAAGCAGCAGGAGGAGGACGACCUGGAUGCCCUGCUGCUGGCUUGAGGGGGGCGGGGGAAAGAAAAAAGAGAGGGAGGGGAAGGUCUGCUGACAAGGGUAGGGGGGGGAAGGAUGGGGUGGCAGGAAGACUCGAUUAAGGAAUGCCUUGGGUCUGUUUGGUGGCUAGGUGGUUGGGAAGAGCGGGGGACAUGUAUGUAUCUGUAUCAUGGUGGGUGGGGGGCAGGAGUUACCGGUACUCCCCUCGAGGGGAGAGUUACCAAGUGCCAAGCUGUGGAGUGCAACACUGCGCAAGUACACCUGUGCGAGGUCAUAGCUGCUGCUUGAAUCGCAGCGGCUGACGUCUCUAUGUUUUACCAUGGUUUUUUUGCGAGUGAUGUACCGUACGUUGUCCACAGCGUGAUCCUCAUUGUUUCUUAUAGCCUGCAUGUUGUUAAGAAGGGGCGGGUCCCAAGACUGAGGCCCCGACCUGCUCCAAUCGGCUGCAACGCUGCUGCUGUCGGGCUCUAUGCUACAACGGGUGUGUUAGUCCCGGCAAUACCUAGCUGAUGCUGGGCUUUCCGCUUUCAGCCCAUCAUGCACACAGCACACGUAGAACCAGGGGGGGGGGGGCGGAGAGCCCCGAUGGGAGGGUGUCCAUCAGGGAGAAGGGUGCUUGCAGGGUGUCCCCGUGCAGGGCAGUCGGCAUUCGGCUGCACCUGCCUCAGCGGGGUGUGGUGCUCCUGCUCCCCAGCAGCUGUUGUUACGGUGCUGCCGUCCUGCAGUGCAGUGUUAUGUUGCGUUUUCAGGUUUGCACAUUACCGGUGGCACUCCUCUACUGUGUUGGGAGCUGGCGCAUGGUGGCUGCAUGUUUUGCGUGACUGUGUUCCAGAGGGUACGGGGGCUCAACUGGGGGGCUGA